AUGCACCUUGUGAAGAAGAGUUGCGCACUAUUGGUUUAUUAUGAGAUCUAAGGUUUUCGUAAGGAAAUAGUUGAUCGUCAAUUGUGGGAGUUGUCUAUAGUCGGUUUCGUAUCCGGGGCUGUGAGCAUCCGGUCACCACACUCACAUUUUGUUGAAAAGCGACUUUCACGUUCGCCCUUCGGCUUUUGCCUUCGGCAUUGUGGCAGCUCCUUUUCGCGCGUUUGGUCAGCAAACGCUGCUCCGACGCGCCUCUCGUCGUCCCGGUUUCUUCUCUUGUAUGUUUGUCGAUUGCGAUGUCGUUGGGCGUUAGCAUGUCCGCUGCGCACACACGACAGGGCAGUCGCUGGCGACAGUGCCAGCACCUCUCGUUCAGUUGUUGGACAGAGUACCUCAUUGGUGGUAGCAGCAAGUAUGCAUGUGAAGUCGUGUCCCGAACACACUUGGCGUAAGACUACCGCAUGUAUGUGUUCUAUGGCUCUUGGCUAAGACAUGGCAUGCUACAUGUUGAUCUUGACAUCACACAUGUUCACAUGGUUAGACAUUCGUACUGCGUACCGGGAUCAUACGAUGUCUGUUACAAGAGCGAAAAAAGAUCUUUUAGAGCUCUUACAGUUUUGCCGUGCGUCAGAGACAACAGUAAUACGAAUUUGGUCGUCCAACAAGAUGGUCGUUUCUCUGUCCGCAGCGGAUCUUCCGCAGUUGCAACGCAUUAUGUCUGCUUGCUCCAACGACGUCUCGCUACACACACCUGUGUGGUGUGCGCUGGUAUACGGCAGCCGCACCCUGGAGUCGGUGGCCAACAUUGUGGAAUCGCACGCCUUGCGCAUGCAAGCAGCGGGUCCGAAAGUGGUCAUCGAAGCGAAUAAUGACCCGAUGACCACAGUUGCCGCCGUGGAGGCCAUGCGCCGCACAAUUACUGAGUCUCACGACCUGACAGUGAACACUUUGAUGGUACGUUUUUUUCCUUUUGCGAUACGCAUGACUGCAUGACGCUCGACGAUACCGCAUGAUACAACCCAUCAAAUUGUCUCAGGAAUCGGUGCAGACGGUGCUGCCGGGGACGAAACCCUGCGCCAAAUUCAAGCAAAUGCUCUGGGAGAUUCCGGUGGUGAUCCCGCCGCAGUUCGCGGCCGCCAAGGCUUGGAAUCCCAAAUUCAAGGAAUGGGUCCACGGCACAGCCCCGAUCCAGCAGACUGGUUUGGUGCGCCUGCUGAUGGACCGCAACGUGGCGAAAAUGUUCGAAGACACAAAUGCUAGUGUUAGCACUACGAGUACUUCCGCAAGCUAAUUUUCCCACAGAUUCGUGUCGUUACAAGACGUAUUUGUCUUUAUGAUUUAGACGAACCAGUCUAACUUUCAGGACAAUUCUGAACACGAAUUCAACUUUUUUAAAAAUCCUGAACACGAAUUACUGGCACUACCAUCUUGACCUGUCAACGCAAUGGUGUUCGAGAUUUUCGUUUUCUUUGGUUUGAGUUUUUCGUUUCUUUUGUUUGAUCCAGAUCCUGUGUUGUAUCUCACGCCGUUGCGUAUAGAUUGCUUAAGCCGCCGUGCAAGCCACAGCGAAAUCAUGUCAAGAUGCGUAAUCUGUUACGACGACAGCGUAGUCGACGCUGACAGAGAGCUAUGGUGCACAGAAGUCGCUUGCGCGAACAAGCACUGCAUCUGCUCCACCUGCUACUCCAGCAAAGGAGGUGUCAUCCUGAUAGCCGAAUUCGGAGCCUGGGACCAGUCCACAAAGUGUGGCAAGUGCAAAGCAUGCGCCAGAUCCAAGACAGUUGCGAAUUCAGCAAAAGUGAAAGAUAGAAUCGACCAACGAGCAGGAACUGCAGCCGUUACGGAGCAAGUCAUCGCAGCUUUCCCUUGGUACGCCCAAUUCGCCGCUACGUCGGUAGAGACAAAGUCGAAGUACUACGACAUUCUGAAAAGGCCGCCGAUACGCCGCUCCCAAAAGAUUGAGAAAGAUCAAGGAAAGUACAUGAUGAAGCUGUUCGGCCAGUGCCUGGCCAACACCAACCAAGCAGCUCAGGUACUCUUUUUUGCUUUGUAGCACAGCAGACUAUGAUUGCCUUGGAAAUACAGCAUGACAAUUUCUUCAUCGUUAUCACCACAGGACUUCAUCGACAGCACGAACAUGCAAGAGAUUCCGAAGUGUUCGUGGAAGACGAUGAUUCUCCCGCCGGAGGGAUCGCUGUUGGAACUCAAGCAAUACUUGCAAACCUUGAUCGACUUGUUUCCGUCCGAGGAUUGGAUCAUUCUGGCCCGAUAUUUCUUGUGGCCCGUGACCUUCUACGAAAAAAAGUCAGCCGCCCUGACCAAAAACUCCGUGGCCAAGAAGAAUUUGUCCUUGAAUUACAAUUAUCAACUGUACAGACAAUUUCCUUUUCAUGUUGCUCUCGUCCUGACUCGUGAUACACAAGCAAAUAUCCAUGCAGACCACCACAUAAUUCUCAUGCGAUUGUUCGCUAGGUAAUCACAAAAAUUACAAAAACCAGGUAUUUUUUCAUCAAAGACUUUGCGGCCGCCCUCAAAAACAAGUACGUUGCGUCCGCGGUCGACGAGGCUUUUUAUAACCUCGAAUACGCCUGUGCAAUGACACAGGCGGCUUGCGAUAAUUUAUGCAAGCCCAGUAUUAUGCAGCGCAUGAUGCAGAUGGGCGGAAGCUUCAUGUCGAUGAUCGCAGGAGGCAGCGGCAGGAACGCCUUCCCCGAGCUGGGACAGAACCCCACGGGCAACAACGCGAUCCAGCAAAAGAAUCAGCAGCUGUACAACGAGAUCAACCGUAUCAUGACCGAGGCACCGCGCACCACCGCAGGAGCAUACGCUGCGAUGGAAACGGCGAAAGCCAAGAGCGAAGCGAUUUUGUCGCAGUGGAUGCAGAAAACCCAGAGCUGUGUCAACUGCCUCAUGGGCGGCAAAGGUCCAGGAAGCCAUCACGUGGGGAAGAAGAUGGGCUUGAAGGCCUGCUCGGACUCGAACAACACGUGCUACAUCAAGUGCCCACGCCCGCAGUGCAACGGAGAAGCCCACUGGAACAAGAGCUGCCCGGUCGUCCUUGCGGGAAAGAACGGGGGUGGCAACCAGCAGUUCGGUGGGAACCAGCAGUUUGGUGGUAACCAAAAUUUUCAAAAAGGUCUUGGUAACAAUUUGCUCCGUCCGUUCAAUGGAAAUGGAGGUCAACCGUUUGCGAAAAGAACCAAAAACAACAAUGGUGGAAAAGGGAACAACAUUUCUAACAUUCCUACUUAUACCAACCCUUUCUAACAUGUUUCAAUUUCUUUAUCGAUAGAAGAAUACUUGAGUCAAGGCAGAUAUAAGCGUCCCCCUUUCCAUGACAUCAAUGGAGCUCGACAUAGACGGCGACAUGUUCUUGAAGUUGUAUCACACAGACGAGAUCAUGGCGAGAGACGAGCGAGUCCUCACCUUUUCCUUUAUUUGCUUUCUUUCGUCGGUUGCCGGUUUUUCGUUUUCCUGUUUGUUGUGUCAGGAGUGCACUUGGCACACACAGAUCUCCCAGCAACCUUCACGACAGCCUUGUAGGUAGUUAUUUCACGAUGAACAAAUUAAUUGCAAAUGAUGCGAUAAAAGACGCUCUUGGCCAAGAGGUCAGGCAGCGCGAGUUACACAAAAUUGCUGAGCAAGCGGCGGUAGCAGCAUCGCUGAAAGAAUUAGCGAACGCUGAAAGGAAAUCAAGCAAAAAGCCGAUCGUCGCGCCACCACAAGCCGCAUCUAUCGCCCCUGCAUCAUCGAAGCGGAAAUCACCUGAGUACUACAUCUCUCUGAUGGACGCUGUGGAGACAGAGUUAGUGUGUGUGGAUGACUGGCACGAGGAGGCUCUAGAGGAUUUCAGCGCAAUCGUGCCGUCGUCUGGAUUCGUGACUGCCGUCUCUUCACCAGCGUUGGAGCAUAAAUUCUCGACAACGCUAUUCGGAGUUACGGGAAUACUCGAGCACAUGGAAUUACGGAAAGAGGCGUUGAUGAAACCGCUUGUCUCACUAAUGUGCAUGAACGCCUGGUCUGAUGUAUCGCUGUGUAUCUCCAGUGCAUGCAAUUCUUCGCAAGGAGCAGCAGCUGGUUCUGUUACGUCGUCGAGUUCAAUUUCAUCGAGUGCAACGUCGUCAAGCGACGCCACGUCUGACUCCAUCGCUAUCAUAUCGAAACCGGGAAACAUAGUGCUCACGACUCCCACUCCGUCGAUAUCGAGUGUUUUACAUUUUUACCAGCAUGCAAAAGGAAAAGCUGCUAAGAAUUACACGCCAGUUUCUGAAGAAGGUCUCAAGAUCGAUUUUACAAUAAAGGCCGCAAUCAGCGAGAUUUUCGGUGCCUUCCCGCUUUCUGACCAAGCAGCCCAGUUAUUAGAAUCGGCGACUGCGGACCACGCCAACUCCUCUAUAACAGAGGGUACGUCGAGAAGCUAUACAUCGAUCUUGUCGAAGGUGAUCCCAGCCGUCGCUCGUGAAUUUGGUUUCAUUUUGUGGCCGAUAACCACGGAUGCCGAGGCAUCGCUUCUGUUCGUGACGUUCGCACAUGUUCACUCGGUCCACAGCGCCUACAAUAAUGAAGAUUCGAAUCGAAUACGGUGGGGCGCUUUUUUACAAUUGAGCGCGGCGAUAAACGCCUUCAAUUCCUCGAGAAUCGAGUUAAGCGGCUACACCACGAAGAACAGAGGCGCUUUCUUCCAGAAGCUAUGGAAAGGGUACAUUUUAUUUGUUUCUCGUGGCUAAAAGUUUGAUGAUGUCUUCUCUCAGCAUAAAUUAUGGAACUUCGUCUCGAAUCAUCACAUAUUUCCAUAUCACAGGUUCAAAAAAGAAGCACACCAUGGAGCCCCACUGGAUGCAAAGUGGUGUCCGACGACCACCGAGAUGCUCGACGCCUACACGACAGAAUGGGAGCACUGGCAGCGACACCACAAGCACAUGGUAGACAGCGACGGAGAUUUCCAGAAGAAAGUCUUGAGAAACAUGUCGUGCAACGAUAUAGAUCUAGUUUUACGACUUCAAAAAUUAGCAAUAGUUGUCAUAGCUUUCUUCUGUGUUAGGAGGAGCGACGAGGUCAGACUGUUGCGGUUGCGUGAUGUAACAAUCACCGCGUCACCAGGGUCGGGACCGCAGUACGCAAUUUUCGUUUCUCAAGCAAAGAAUGACCAGCUCUCAUUCGGCUCAGAAGCCUGGGUGCCAACGCAUUUCACAAGAAUGAUAGCCGAUUACCAGCGAUUUGCCCGCGCCUUCUUUGACAUAGUACUAGGACAAAAAAUGGCCCCCGACGAUGCCUUUUUCUUCGUGAUAGGGAAUGCAAACAUUAAAACCAGGGGUGCAUUCAAAUCUAGCAAAGAUGGUAUUAGGAAAGACAUCAAAGCCUUUUUUAGCUACGCCUUGUCAGGAACGGUUCCUGAAAAACCAAUUUCGCUGCGCAAAGGAGGGGCAAAGCAUUAUAUUGAACAUGAUGUCUCACGACGUUUAGCUUAUUAUCAAGGCGGAUGGAGGAACAGCUACUGUCUCGAUGUGCACUACGCACCUAUCUCGAGUAUGGAACUAAGACAGAUGGUAAACAGACACUCGUCCAAAAGCUUAGAAACCUAUGCGAAUAUCGCAAGCCUGAGGGCACUUGACCGCGCUCACACGAUAUACCUACACGAUGACGACGCGAUCAAAUUUUCGCGCGAGGUCGAGAAGGUGGCAUGGGACAGAACUUCUUUAGAAUCCUUCCAGGAGGAAUGCCCUAGGCUUUUCUCUCACGCCACGUGCAGCUCUUGCGAUGCGGCAGUAUACGGAAAAACUUUAGAUUUUUUGUCAAAAUGUGACGAAGAUUCAUAAUUAAAAAUCUCACACCAAGCAUGUAAACUUCAGCCACGCAGGCUUCUUGCACGACGUGAUAUGUUGUCCUUGUUUACAGCUACUGACACAGAGCGUCAGCAGUUCAGAGCGCAGGCGCGACGCAGAGAGAAAUAUAUGCGGUAGCACACGGUGCAAAUCAGAUCCAAAAUUUCAUCACCACAAACAAUCAUUAGCCUAGUACUAGCAGCUCAGCCUCAGUUUACAGCAGAAAUAAUGGAACGACCGCUAGGGCAUUUGCCGGGAUGGCGCUUCUGGUGCUUUGUGACCAAGGUGACCAUCCAGAAAUGCUGGUUGCUAUUAAAGCGUCUCAGCACCGUACCGCAACUAAUGGCACGCGCAGUCUAUGAUGACGAUAGAAUGCUCGUGGGCCAUUUCUUCCGCAAUUUCCGGUCCGCACAGCACUGGACCUUCCUGGCCAAGUUCUAUACGACAACCAUACUGCGCGUGAUGGUACUUCUAGUUUUGAUUCCAUAAUUUAUAUGCAUCUUUAGGCACAGCGAAAGCCUUUCAUUACCGGACUCUCAUGAUCAAAAAUUCACAAGGUUCCGUAUAUUCUGAUCGAAAUCGGCAUCAUCAACGGGCAAUCGCUGAUGUACGCAUGCAUUUCUUACGCAGUAGUCCAGCGGGCGGAAUCUUGUCGGUAUUUGUUGUCAUUUCCAAAAUUUCAGGGACAAUUAAUAGAAAUCCACAUAUCCUUCUAGUACCGAACGCAAUAAAAUGGACCUAGGAAAUCUCGGCUAUUACGAGAAACUGCCGUUGCUUCGGCAGGCAAAGUCGAUGCGGUCCAUGAUUGAUGAUUUGAGUACGAAGGAGCAAAAAAAUUCCACCUUUUCGCAAGUUGUCACUUCUUAUCGCUGGUGCAUGCGCAAAACCCUCCCCAAAAAUUGCGAUGCCAACGAGUUACGCAGCACCUGCAACGUGCUGUUAGACACGCUGGAGGCAAUUUGUGCCAAACAAAAAUGUCAAGCAAAAUUAGCGGAGGGGAUGGCGUCUGCGAUUGAUUCGCUGUAUAGCCACUUGUCGGAAAUCUGGAAUUAUCCGGCCCAGGACGAGGUGAUGAUGGGACGCAAGUGGGCGUCUGUGCUCCUCGCGCGCCAGUUCGCCCACACCGCAGUGCAGAUCUAUCGCACCUACCACAAGCAGUCCUCAGCCGACAUCGCGAAUUUCUACAACAACGAGAAAAAGAAGUACAAAGAAGCCCGCCUGAAGCAGUUCAACUUGCGAAAAGAAGGAAAAGCUCUGCAUGAUGAGAAGAAGGAGGAAUUCAAGAAGGAAGAUUUGCAGAAACCGACUGUUAUGGACUCGUCCGAGGACGAUAGCUCAUACCCGUCUUCGGAUUCUGACUAAACAACUUUAAAAAAAUUUUUUCUUCAGUUGUCUUGGACGGAUCGUCGGGUCGCAGAUCGCAGUACGCAACUUCGUCCAGACUAACGGACGACUAAUCGCACGCGCCUUGGCUCGAUACCUGGAACUGAACCCGGAGCCGUAUAAUGUUACCUUUCUUUCCUUUUCGCGCAAUGGCACAUGUUUUUUGUUUGCAUCAUGAUGAUACUGGCAUGACAAAAAUACUUUAUACCACUCGACCAGGUUAGAUGACGACUUGCCACCGAGCAGACACACAUCCUCAUCGGAAGACGAGCGAGUGGAUUCAUCAUCGGAUGAUGAUUCCGAUGCAGAGGUCGUGAACCCGCAAGAAGCCCUUGAUGUAGUCCACCAGCACUUAGACUGAUGUGUGCCAAUCUCAUCGUGAAUUUCAAAAAUUUUUUUCAUCUUGUAGAAACACUUGAUUCAACAAGAACGGAAAAUAGAUAGACAAAAACACAGACGACAGAGGACCACGACAGCACGAUUGUUCUUCUUUCGUUUUGAUCACAAUCUGUGCAAGGGCACCGGUUCUUUCAGUACUUUGUUGCGUCUUUUCCAAUAGUCAGUGUCAUUUUGAUUUCGUCGUCCGAUCCCGCUAACGUCGAUUCCAAUAAGCUUCUCACACAGUUUCACAGAUGUCGUAUACACAUGUUUGGUUUGUGAGUGGGCGCAGGUGGCCUCACGAGCGAAUAUGUUAUUUUCAGAAACUGGAGAGAAUUGAGCGUAAUUUCAUGCGCAAACUGAGGGGAUGCUCAGAUGAGAUUUUAUGUGAAAUACAAUCAAACUGGCUACAAAAAAAUGCGAACCUCCUCUCCACGUCCUCCGCGGACGCACAUGAAGGCCUAGCGGCAGCAUGCGCAGACGCAAAAUGUCAUUUAUCUAGGUUUCGGAUUUUUGAUCUGAUCGAAAAUGAACGAAAAAUGAGAUAAAAAGAUGCGUUCGUCACCUCUCGUUAUGUUUUGCGGGGUGCAAAUAGGCCGCUCAGCGGCAUCGCUGCGCGCACAAGAUGCUCAGGACAGGAGAGCGACAAAAAGACACAAAUCGCAGCACGCCUCCUUCUGCGGAGCCCAAAUAGGAAAGCCACCAAAAGUAGCGGAGCCGGCACAAGAAAUUCAUCACUGGAUAGCACAAGAAAAUGCGGCAUCCAACAUGAAAGAUAAGCCGAGGCCAUGCAAGAAGGAUCUGCAGAAAGAAUAUGACGCGUGCUGGGACGACCCCUCGCUGAUCUUUCCACAGGAAGCAGUGGUGACAUGGGACAGCUACCUACCGCAGCCGGGAAAAGCGCCACGAAGCCACCAGUGCGACAUCGACACCGUAGACCUGUCACGCCUGUUUACAUGCGGGAAUGAGUUCGGCGACCCGUUUAAUUUCGCGCCGUACUCCCCCUUCAAAAAUGAAGACUACGAGAAGGCGGGUGCACCUCUGACACGAGCAGCAGUUAGAAAACUGCUGCAAGACCAAGAGGGCCCGAACGACAGGUGGCGCAAAGCAGAGGACGAUCAGGCUUUCGCGGGUCUAACGAUAAAUCCAGAAGAAUGCGUACGGUUUGGACUACAGCCAGAAGUUUUGCUGAAAGCCUGCACGGGGAUAAAGUUCCAACAGAUCGCAGAGCACCUGGACCCGAUAGUAUGCGAGAAUUACCCGGCGGCCAAGCAGAACCCGGAAGUCUACAAUAACGAGUUCAAGCGCUUCUUCGAGUGCAAAAAGAUCAUCCUAUACGAUGUGAAAUCAGAAAAGAACGACAAAGGCGAAGAUGUGGAAGUGUGCGACUACCCCAGCGACUUGACGUGCGUGCCAGGAAAUCUGCUGUUCCAACGCGACGACAAGAUUAGGGUAAUCAGUGACUACAGCAGCGAGUGGGCCCUGAUAAACCAGUCCAUUUUUUCCACCGAGGUAAACUACAAGACCUACUGGGAUAUGUUUCUGCUGCUGAAGCCGAACUCAGUCGGGAGUGGUAUCGACUUCAUGGACUCCUUCGGCCACUGGUUGGUGCACGCACGUUUUCGCCGCAUGCUUGGAAUAAAUCUCGAAGGGACAGUACAAAAAGGAGGACAUUUGUACUGUCCUUUUGGCAUCGGUAUCUCGUGAAAACAUUUUUUAACGGAUCAGCGAAAAUUCUCACAGGCUCCACUAUAAACCUAGCCAGAUGCAUGUGGUUUUUUGUCGUGCAUCAAUCCGAAAAAACUGUUUUCACACGCAUACCGAGACCAGCACCGGGUGAGAACGAUUUCUUCGUGAAAGCUUUUCUCGCUGCAGCGAAGAGAAACGGAGUAUCGUCGCCAGCACUCGACUACGUAGACGACGUGAGAUUUAUAACCAGCCCGGUCGACGGCAAACCACACUUCGAUAAAGCCAAGUUCGACCUAGACCGAGCAGUGUACAUCCUAACCCGCAUGGGCAUCAAGAUUCACCACAAGGAAUCAAAGCUAAUACAGCCGUCAACAAUUUUCCCCUGGCUGGGAAACGUUUUCAACACCGACCCGAGGUCGUACAACAUCAUGCUCGAGCCUAAAAGACGCAAAGAAUACCUGCAAGCAGUGCGAGACUUCAAGCAGGCAGGCAGAAACAAAGAAGCGAAAGCCAGAGACGUAGCCAGCAUCAAAGGAAAAUUAGGUUCCUGCGCGCUUAUCCACCCACGCGGGCCAUUGGACGAGCUGAACAAGUUGCUGGUAGCUUCAACAGCACCGAAGCAGUGGGCGAAGCUGAACAGGCAGUUCAACCCGCCAGUCGAAAUCUCGGACGCCGCUUUCGAAGACUUGGAUUUGUGGGAAGACCUGCUGUCGACCGACCACACAAGACAAAUGUUCUUCAACGGCGAGCAGACUUUUAUUUGGUCUCACGAAGUCUUGGCCUUCGGAAAAGCCUUUUUCGCGUCUUUGGGACCAGAGCUGUUUAUCGGUGUCUACAUGGACGCUGCAAAAGGCGACAUCGAGAACUGCGAAGACCGAAGAAACAGAGGCUGGGGCGGCACCGUAGCGGAGCACUAUUUCCAUGGACUCUUCGACGAAAAAGUGCCAGGUAGUUUUGAUUUGUUUUUUCUGGUUUUCACAUAUACUUGUUGAUGUUACAUCAAAUCUACAAGAAUAAAAUUCCUUCUAUUUCCCACCAUCAGAUACUGCCAGCAUCAACGAGUUAGAGGCCUUGGCAGUUCAGCACGUGCUAGACGCAGCCAGGGAGAAGUUAGGAGACGCAUAUUUUCACCAGAAAAUAAUCCUGAUCAAGACCGACAAUCCAACGGCAAAAAGAACCACGAACAAGGGCUCCGCGGCUACGCCGAUUCUCAAGAACGUGACGAAAAGCUUGACAUCCUUCGCAUCCAGCACAGGCACAGAAAUAGUCGCGGCCAAGAUCGCGGGCGAAGUGAACAUAAUCGCCGACGCCCUGUCACGCCACGAAGAGCAUUUAUUUGCGUUUAAAGAUCCCUUUCCGGAUAAAACUUUGUGUAAGCGCUCGUGGAACAUUGUGAUGCGCGAGAUACCGGGUCUGAAUGUCGACUGUUUUGCAGAUCACCACAACUGGCGUUUCCCGGAAUACUACACGGCACACAGUCAUCCGUUCGAUAACUUCGACUUGUUUUAUAACAAGCGUUCCUGGUGGUUCCCACCAAUACACCUCGCAAUAGUAACAGCUCGCUUCCUCGCCAACUUCCAAAAAAUUCCAGUAGCUCAAAGACCACGUUUUGCACUGAUGCUGCCGAUGAUCAACCCCAUGUUCUACGACCUGGCGUCCAACUUCGUACAGUUCUGCACGUACAAGAAGGGUUCCAAGGUAUUUUGCACAGCGCAGUGCCCACUCGUAUACGGAGCACACGAAGAUUGGACGUUGUUGUUGUCUGUGCAUCUACACGACUGGGGUAGAGACAGAGAAAAAACAGAAAUAGGCGCACAAGUUACAAAAAUUUUACGCAAGCCUUACUUUCGUCAAUUUCCCGAGCUCGCUAGGAGCAAGUUAAGAAUUAUGGAUAUUUGUUAUGCGCGCGAGAGGUUUAUAGUCCACAUCACAUGCUGCGUCCCGUGCAAACCCAGCGGUUUGGCGGCACAGUUGUUUGCAAAAUAUCCGAAGGCAAACCGCUAUGGAGAGCCGUUUUCUGCGAAACCACUAGGAGGAUAUGAAGUGAUAGGAAAAAUUGUCAAUAUUUACGCUAUGGUCUGGCCAGGAAAACCCGUUCUCAACAGAGUCCCACGACCAUCAGAUGUAGUACCGGUAGAAGCAUUUACAGCAGAUGACUCAGCAGAAGCUCGCCUUUUUCGUUUCAAAAACGCGUUGUACGACUUUAUUUUGUCAAUCAUAGACGAGACAGAAUCAGUAGCAAUCCCGCUCAGAAUUGGACAAGGCUCAUGCGCAGGCGGACAAAAAGAAUACUGCGCAGUGAUCGCCAAAGCCAUCGACGUCGCAUUUCGAAACAAUGUUGACGUCAGUAUUUAUGAGAAGCCGUGCGCUCUAUAAUAUCAAACACACACAUCUUACCUUGGGAUACUCUGGAAUUAGCGCCCAGACUACAUGUUUGUAGCAUGUGCUCUGUUCUAGUCCUAUCUGGAAAACUCAGAUCACUUCAAGAUCAAGACCUCGUGGGUCUCUCGGUCUAGAUCGCGUGUGUGUGUGUCGGGUACUGAGCUUGUACGGUCGCUCAGCAAAAUAAUUACGAAACCUUUUCUCUACGACAACAAUUUAGAUCGUCUUACAGUCACGCGUGA